AUGGUAACUAUGGAUGUAAAUGCACUGUUCACCAACGUCCCCCUACUCGAGACCAUCGCGAUCAUUCGUCAAAUUGUGGAAGAAAAGAACAUUCACGUUGGACUACCAGCAGAUGAAUUGGAAAAACUUUUGUUGUUGUGUACCCAUAAUGUGAAGUUCUCCUUCUUAGUUCAAGUGUGGAUGCUCGGCCAUCUACAUCGGCAGAACGGUGAGACAACUGCGUUAUCGAAUAAACGAGCACAUCCCGAUCUGGCUUCAGCAAACUAUGAAACUUCAGAAGAAGUAUUUCAUCAAAUCCCGCGGCAGCGAUUGCGUGCACUUACUCCCCAACGUCUGAGCCGUAAAGAACGUCAAAAACAGGUACUGCUGGCUGCUUCCACGACAGCACUAGUUAUGGCUCAAUAUGAUGCAUUCGGUGGAUUGCCCCACAAAAAUGACAAAAUGAUCACGGCGGAUCAUCCGUACACUCGACAAAGGAAUGAUGUUUGCUUAAUACCAAACUGUUCAUCACAAUCCCAUGAGCAGUCUGCGUUUGAUGGGCUCUCUUCGUAUAGAGGCAUAUCUUGGCACAAUGAUGCCGUACAAAAUGAGAUCACUGGAAUUUUUCAAGGCGAUUUGGGUAACUAUCCAAGGGAACUGGAGUUGAAAUGGAAAUCCAAGGCGUUUGACAUGGACUCGCCACAUGAUGUUUUAACGCUGAACAAACUUAACUUAAACCGAGAUGCGAAUGAAUCUCCAACCCAGUUUCACUUGGAUCGACGUGAUGCUCUUCACUCUGACCUGAAGUCCGAAUGUUCAAAUUCAACUGAAAGUGAAGAAGCAUAUGUGCAAAUGUCACCUGACCGAUUGGAGACCUGUCUGCCGUUCGAGCAUCCGGUCCUUGUGGAAGCAGCAGAGGAUCAAGAUUCAGAGGUGCCCAACUUUCCCCCGGAACUGAAUAUGAUCCGACAGGAAUUUCGGUUCAAUUCACGAGUGCCUGAGAAAUCACCAGAAAAUAUGGUUGAAUGCAAGCCGGGUGGCUCUUUGCAACAACAGUUGCAACAGUUGCCUCGUGUGACCCAGAAUGAAGUGCUUCCACCACCGAGCAAAUUGUAUGGAGCAGCGAACUGCCUCAAUUUCGCUUCAAGUACGUUCAAGCCAUUUCCCACUGGUUUAUCCAUCAUCUUUUUAAUGUUAGAAAGUGCUCAAACAGACAUAAAUUGA